AUGAAUGAUGAUGAUGAUGAUGAUGAUGAUGAUGAUGAUGAUGAUGAUGAUGAUGAUGAUGAUGAUGAUGAUGAUGAUGAUGAUGAUGAUGAUGAUGAUGAUGAUGAUGAUGAUGAUGAUGAUGAUGAUGAUGAUGAUGAUGAUGAUGAUGAUGAUGAUGAUGAUGAUGAUGAUGAUGAUGAUGAUUCGAUACUAUCCCUUCACUUCCGUUCCCUUUCAACCUAA